UGUUAUGUUGUCGCCGGCCGGCCCGUUUGCUGCCAUUCGCGUGCGUGCGUGGUGGUUGUCCUGGUCAUCUACACGUGGUGCGUUUCAUGGCAGACAUCUUCCGGCGGCUACCGCUCCUGUUACUAGCAACUCUUCUGCUGCUUCUUCUCGUCUUUUUGCGCGCCUUCGUCGUGCCGCGGCCUCUUGGGCGUAGACAUAGACGACAAGUGGAUAGGAAGACGACGAUGGACAGACAGGACAGCUCCGUCGGACAGCAAAGACGUGUGAUGGAUUUCUCCAUUCCUGAUCGGCCCCUGUCCGGCCAUCGACCCGCCACAUAUGACCCGUCCUUGUACAGUCAUCUUCCAACGCACGAGCAGCCGUUGCCGCCAUAUCCGGAGGACGUCUGGGUUGAGGAUCUGUUGCACACGCUUCCUCUGGGAAGUGGAUCUACGCAGGAUUGCACGAGCAGGCAGUGCCAGCAGAGGGAAGCAGGGACCACGAGCGAGUCGUUCACCGCAUUGCUGGACGAGGGUGUCGACAACGCCGCCACGGAGCUUGUGGACUUGGAUUUCGGAUUGUGCAGCAGGAGUGGUGCAAGUGGUCCGAUCCACGGCGGGGGGGUGGUGGGAGCGCCGACGUUCGGAGGAGGAUCGUCCCGUGUCGGUGGAUCGACGAAUGGGUGUCGUCCACCGGUCUCGAGUUCCAUGGGCGCCGGGCCACUUGGCGAGUCGUCAAGGGCAGUGACACCCACCCGCCCCUCGGUGUCUUCGCCUCCAAUGCAGCAGAGGGCGACCGCAAGUGCUGCAAUCAAUGAUGGGACUCCACCGGAAGACAUCGGGAGGCAGGCAUGGGAGAACUGCCGCCUACAGAUGCGGCGUGCUGCAGCGGAGAACAUAACCACCGGUGUGUCCAGGCUGCGCGUGGGGAGCGACGUGGAUGCGGACGGCGGCUGUCGGGCAAGUGGGGACGAGUCUCCGGAUUCCCGUUAUGAAGACGACGCGGAAGACAGUGAGGGGCUGGAGAUCCGACCCGUGUCUGCGCGUGGUGGGCGGAGGGGAGGACGCGGACGUCAGCAGAGGGGCGAGUCGCGUGGUGGCCGAGGAUUGAAGGCUCCUGUGGGCGACAAGGGUGGCAAGCACCCAGCUUGGAGUGUGGAGGAGAUGCUGAAGCUCGCUCGAGCGAAGUGGGAUCAGCAAGCUCAUUUCGAGGGCAUGCCGCACAACUACGGCCGCAUGCGCAACAGGGAGUGGAAGAUGCUGGACCUACAGAAGCGGCUGGCGGAGGUCGGAGUGAACAGGGCAACGAACGACAUCGAGAAUAAGUGGGAUAACGUCUUCCAGCAAUACAAGAAGGUGCAGCGUUACCAGAACAUGUCCAGUGGGAAGAACUUCUUCACAUUAACUCCUGCAACGAGAGCGGACGAGGGCUUCAACUUCCGAAUGGAUGAGCGAGUCUUCAAUGAGAUCGAUAACAUGUUGAAAAAUAACAAGACCAUCUACCCGGACAACGUGGCAGACACGAGCGCCCGUGGAGGAGUGCCGCCAGCAAUGGAUGGUCAUCGCCAGGUGGCCGUUGGUGGAGAGUCCUCUGCUGGUGGAGAGGGGGGUGAUGGCGUCGAUGAAGAUGUGGGUUCAGCGCGGGAGUCGGGGUUCAGUGCAGAGAGCACGGACACUCCAGCGAAGAGGAAGAACAUGCGGCAGCAGACCUUCGACGCCAUCGCUGAAGUCAUGGACAAACACGGUGCAUUGAUGGCGGACACGGUAGAGGGUGCGAGCAAACGGCAGUGUAGCAUCCUGGAGCUGCAGUGUGACAUCUUGGAACGGGAGGUUGAAGCCCAGAAGCGGCAAUGUGACAUACUGGAGAGGCAUUACACGGUGUCCGAUGAGGCGAACAGGAUGAUGUGCAAGGCGUUGAUGGAGAUUGCCAGAGCGAUAAGGUACAGAUCUUGACGCCGGUGGCGUGAGGUUUGUUAAGCCGUUGUGGUGGAUUCGCCCGCGAACUGGCCCGUGGCGAAAUGUGGUGCCGCUCCUCCGACAACGACAGAAAUCCAGGAAACAAGGCGGGGGAUGGUGUGCACGAUGGUCGUGUACCCUCGCGCGCUGCAAAAUAUUGAGUCGCUGGCCCUCCAAGGCAGGGCCGUCCAUUCCCUGGACCGCACUGUCCCUUGGUAUUUGGGAUGGUCUGCCCGCAUGCGGAAUGGGUGAUCGUCGCUGCCGUUCCGUGGAGGGGUGUGCUGGAGGCCGUCUGGCGGGAUCCGCGCGCCAAGGGAGGGGAAAUGUCACCGCGAGCACUAUAAAGGUCCGCGCGAGCGCUAUCUUGUCCAUGUCUUUUGGCUCUCGACUGCGCGCAAGGCCACGCGUGGGGUUUCCGUUGUGCUGCGCGGGGAGCUGAACAUUGCCCACGCAAGAUGAUCCCUGGUGACUUCCUCUCAAGAGCUGUGGCAGUCCGCUUUCGUUCACGGGGCGUGCGCAUCCGACCAUCAAUGAAUGGCACCAUGUGGC